UAGACACAAUAUUUAUUUUUUUUUAUUUUAAUAGCCACACACCAUUAUUCUUAGACACAAUAAUUUUUUUAUUUUAUUUUAAUAGUCACACACCAUUAUUCUUAGACACAAUAUUUUUUUAUUUUAUUUUAACAGCCACACACCAUUAUUCUUAGACACUCUUAAUAGGAUUUCUAGCUCCGCCAUUGAAAUUAUUAACUUAAUGGUAUUCUAAAUCUUUAUAAAUAGGAGGGACACAAUUUCUUAGUUUUAAAAGAGAGACAAGUAACUAGCAAGAAAUUAGAAGAGUAACUUUAAAGAAGAAGAAAAAUGGUCGUUGGAUUUGGUGGUGAAGCGGAGAUUACACGUCGAUGUGCCAAUCAUCAUCCUUCUGUUUGGGGAGACCAUUUUCUUACCUAUGCUAAUCUCUUGGGUGGGACAUUGAUGCUUCGGAACAAUUACCUUCAUAUAUGAAGCUCUCCUACCGUGCUCUUGUACAAGUUUACAAUGAAACGGAGAAAGAAUUGGAAAAUCUUGGAAAUAAGAUGACAUAUAGAGUCAAAUAUUCCAUCAAUGAGAUGAAAAAGUUGUUGAGGGCUUACUUCCAAGAGGCCAAAUGGUAUCAUGGGAAGGAUGUGCCAACAAUGGAACAAUAUAUAAAGAAUGGAAUUCCAUCAAGUACUUAUCUAUUGCUUGCCACUACUUCUUGGUUAGGCAUGGGAGACGUAGCAACUAAGGAUGCGUUUGAUUGGAUAUCGAAUGAACCUACAAUUCUUGUAGCUUCGUCUAUCAUUGCAAGAUUACUCAAUGAUCUCGUAACACAUGAGAUAGAAGUGGAAAGAGGAGAUGUAGCAUCGGGUAUUGAAUGUUACAUGAACGAGUAUGGUGCCACAAAAGAAGAAGCUUACAUGGAGAUAAGGAAAAUAAUAGAGAAUAAUUGGAAGGAUUUGAAUAGAGGAUGCCUAAAGCCUACAACAGUACCAAGAGUUUUACUCAUGCCAGUGCUCAACCUUACGAGGGUGGCAGAGUUUUUUUAUAAAGACGAAGAUGCUUAUACUUUUUCGAAAAAUAACUUGAAAGACGUCAUCUCUAUGGUGCUAAUUGAUCCUAUAAAAGCAUGAGAGAAUUUCACUAUGAAGGGAAAAUAAUAAAUAAAAGUAGUAGUGCAUGAACAACAUCUGAUGUUGCUUCUUUAUGGAGGUUGUGGCUUGUUUUUACUAUUUUGUAUCUUGAUGUUGUUUUAUCUUUGUGUCAGCUGUUGUAUUAAUAUAUUUGGUGUUAU